AUGAAGCUCCUCUACAUCGGCAUCCUCAAAAACGAAGACAAACCCGCCGUCGAACUCUGCGCCGAACGCGAACUCUCCUCCUUCUCCCGCUUCACCCGCGGCAGCGUAGGAGAAUUCAUGUCCGUCUUCAGCAAAACCGUCGCAGAGCGCACCCGCGCGGGCCAACGACAAGACGUCGAAGAGCAGUCCUACACCUUCCACGCCUACGCCCGCAGCGAGGGCGUCGCGGGGAUCAUCAUCAGCGACCACGAGUACCCGGCGUUGGUGGCGCAUCAGUUGCUCAGUAAGAUUUUGGAUGAGUUCACCACGAGGUACCCGCGGAGUACGUGGGAGAAUAGCAAUGGCGAGGUGCCGUUUCCGCAGUUGAAGGAGUAUAUUCAGAAGUAUCAGGACCCGCAGGCGGCGGAUAGUAUUAUGAAGAUCCAAAAAGAACUCGACGAAACCAAGAUCGUCCUCCACAAAACCAUCGAAUCCGUUCUCGAGCGUGGCGAGAAGAUUGACAGUCUCGUCGCCAAGUCUGACGGCUUGAGCGCCCAAAGCAAGAUGUUCUAUACCCAGGCCAAGAAGCAGAACAGCUGCUGCACCAUCAUGUAA